CUACAUUUGUCAAAAGUUACCUAGCAGAUUCUAAUGCAGAAUCUACUACAGAUCGCGCGAGGUGUUCAUUGUCCAAUCGCGAGGCUGGAUGGCUGCCCAAGAUGGCGGCGCGCUGGGAGCGUAACAUCUGCGUUUCUUGGAGCUUCGCGCUGCAUAUGGUUUAAGACUAGGGGUUAGAGGCCCCCUCCAGAUUGGUGGUUUGGCUGGAACUUGGCCCACAGAGAUGGCUCUGAGUAAAUCAAUGCAUGCAAGAAAUAGAUACAAGGACAAACCUCCUGACUUUGCAUAUCUGGCAUCCAAAUAUCCAGAUUUUAAGCAACAUAUUCAUAUAAAUCUGAAUGGAAGAGUGAGUCUUAAUUUUAAAGAUCCCGAAGCAGUCAGAGCUCUGACUUGUACUCUCCUAAGGGAAGAUUUUGGACUUUCUAUUGAUAUUCCGUUGGAGAGACUAAUUCCCACGGUUCCCUUGAGACUCAACUAUAUUCAUUGGGUAGAAGAUCUGAUUGGUCAUCAGGACUCUGACAGAAAUACUCUCCGAAGAGGAAUUGACAUAGGUACUGGAGCAUCCUGCAUCUAUCCUUUACUUGGAAGUACCUUAAAUGGCUGGUAUUUUCUUGCAACAGAAGUAGAUGAUAUGUGCUUCAACUAUGCAAAGAAAAAUGUGGAACAGAAUAACUUGUCUGAUCUUAUAAAAGUUGUAAAAGUACCACAGAAGACACUUCUGAUGGAUGCUCUUAAAGAAGAAUCUGAGAUAAUCUAUGACUUUUGCAUGUGCAAUCCUCCCUUUUUUGCCAAUCAGUUGGAAGCCAAGGGAGUAAACUCUCGAAAUCCUCGAAGACCUCCACCUAGUUCGGUAAAUACAGGAGGUAUCACAGAGAUCAUGGCAGAAGGAGGCGAAUUAGAGUUUGUUAAAAGAAUCAUCCAUGACAGUUUACAACUUAAAAAAAGAUUGCGGUGGUAUAGCUGUAUGCUGGGAAAGAAAUGCAGCCUUGCUCCUCUGAAGGAAGAACUUCGAGUACAAGGGGUUCCUAAAGUCACCUACACUGAAUUCUGUCAAGGUCGGACAAUGAGAUGGGCCUUAGCUUGGAGUUUUUAUGAUGAUGUAACAGUACCAUCACCACCAAGUAAGCGAAGAAAAUUAGAGAAGCCAAGGAAACCCAUCACAUUUGUAGUGUUGGAGUCUGUGAUGAAAGAAUUAUCCCUCAAAGCAUCAUCUUUGGGCUCUGAGACAGUGGAAGAAGGCAUAGCAGUUGUAACGACGUGGAUUGAAAAAAUUCUCACUGAUCUUAAGGUCCAGCAUAAACGAGUUCCGUGUGGAAAGGGGGAAGUUAGCCUUUUCCUAACAGCCAUAGAAAACUCCUGGAUUCAUUUAAGGAGAAAGAAAAGAGAACGAGUGAGACAAUUGAGAGAAGUUCCUCGAGCUCCUGAGGACGUCAUCCAAGCUUUGGAAGAGAAAAAGUUCACCCCCGAAGAGUCUGGCAGUAGCCAAGAUUUGGCCCAGGGCCCCCAGGAGAGUGUCCUGUGUGGGCCUGCUCUACAGGAAGGCGAGUCAGCCACUGUUGAGGGCCAAGGCCCAAUCCAGGAUUCGCUUUCCCAGGAAGGAAACCCAGGACCCAUGGAGGAUGAAAGGAGUGAGGAAAAGGGAGACAUGGAGGUUUUGGAAAGUUGUAAAGGCUCUAGCAAUGGAGCCCAGAACCGAGAGGCUUCUGAGCAGCUCAUCAGCCCAGUGUCUGAAAAAGAGACCCCUCUCCAAGGAGUGGCUGGACAUUACCUUUUCAAGUGUUUGAUAAACAUUAAGAAGGAGGUCGAUGAUGCCUUAGUUGAAAUGCACUGGGUUGAGGGUCAGAACAGGGAUUUGAUGAACCAGCUUUGUACCUAUAUACGUAACCAGAUUUUCAGGCUUGUUGCCAGUUAACUCUAAACUUCUUGCACAGUUGGAAAAAUUCUAUAAAGCAGCUUGCUUGGAGUGACCUGUGGGGUGGCAAGAGGAAUUCUGCCAUGGACCUAUUGGUAGCAUUACGUGGAAUUACCUUUAAAAACAAAAACAAAUAAAUUCUUUUUAGACCUCG